AUGUUAGCUUUGGUAAAACGGCAAUGCGGUCUGGAGAAUAGCCAUGUUUUCUACGGGGCCUACCAUAGCGAGUGGCGAAACAAGCUGGCGGAUAUUUUUUGCAUGCCGAUCCUUUUUGUCGCCGCGCAGUAUCUUCUCUCGCAAGUUGAUCUGACAUCUUCCGUAGAUUUGUCUCAUUUUACCGCUUGCCUGUUUGCGGCAUUUUAUAUACAUAUAUACAUAUGGAUGGAGUUUUUUGCUGGCGUCCCGUAA